CACCGACCCUUAUUUACCGAAGUCAAAAUGGCCGCCCUUCGGAUUUUCGCACGAUUCGGACUCUCGCCGAUCCUUCGUAGUUCUUUCCUUAGCGAUACACGGAAAGCCACUUCGCCAGCUCUUCUCGAGGUAACAAAAAGAUGGAGUAACUACAAAUCUUCUGAAAAGUAUGAUGAAUCGAAAGAAUAUGCAAAGUUUGAGAUAUCGAAAGAUCCAAAGGAAUGGGCAUUUGUUGAACAAGUAUUGAGAAAACCGACCGUCCCACUUCCACCCAAAGACAAGACACAUUUUCCUUCAGGAUGGGUACCACAAACUGCGAAUCCAAAGACGUAUCCUUAUUUUGUGCAACGAACGAAAAAUCAUAUGCAACCAAUAUAUCUCGAUAAAUCAUUUAGAGGAAUGAGAAAACUCACAGUAAUACGUAGAAUUCAAGGAAACAUUUGGGCACUGGAAGCAGAACUUAAAGAAUAUUUGGAACAGAAGGUCAGGAAGAAAAUGGGUGCACGAGUUCAUGAGCCUGCAUGUACAUUAGUUUUCCAUGGUGACCACGUAUCCCGCGUGAAAGAGUUUCUUACCGCAAAAGGGAUGUAAAUAAAUACAUUAAAAAGACUAGCCACAUCAUAAAAAUUAACAUUGUAUAAAAAAUACAUUAUAUAAAACAUAUGUUAAAAAAUAAAUUUAAUGAUUUUCAAAUGAGA